GCAUUAUUUAUUAAAAAGAGAAAGAUUAAAAAAUGAAGACAAAAUAGAAAUAAAACACCCAUCAUUCUUCUUAAACCCUAAUUCCCUUCUCCCUCGUCUGCAUCUUCAAUUCCAGAGUUUGCAUCUUCAGUUCCAGAGUUUGGGACACAACAGCAGAUUCAAGAAAAGCGGUGAGAAGAAGAGGCUAUAAUUAUGAUAAAAAGGCGAUUCUAUAGGUAUGAACAUGGUGAUAAGGAUGCUGCAUCAGAAUCUUCCUCGUCUUCGUCAGGGUCCGAAGUAGAGGCAGAAGCUACUGAUGCCACAGAUAUUGAAGAAGAAGAAGAAGAAGAAGAAGAAGCAGAAGAAGAAAAUGUUGCUUCAGAUGUGAGAGAGAAGGGAGAAGCUUCGUCUUCUUCUGGUUAUGAAAGCGAGGAUAGCUCAGUGAACGAAGUUAAUCUUGACUCAUCAGGUUUACCUACUAGCGAUGAAGACACGGACAGCUCAAAUUGGCAGCGAAACCAUUGUAGGACUAGGAAGUUUUUGUGGCGGAGAAGGAAACAGUUUACCUACCAUAGCUCAGGAAGUCCCAAAAAGGAUGAAACUGACUUUGAUACUGCAGAUUGUAUUCUAAGGCAUAAGUCAGUUUUUAAAUGCAGGCUCUGUCCGAGGAUAGUCUGCUUAUCAGAGGAGACUUUAAAGGCUCAUCUCAUCUCCAAGAAGCAUAUCCGCUCUGAGAAACUACUUCGAGAAGGGAGACUUAAGCUUAUGCUGAAUGAGAGAGGAGAAAUCGAGGGCGAGGUGCAUUAUGAGAAUAAUGCCCCAACUACAGCUUCUGGACAGAAACCGGACAAGCCAAACAAAAAGGGCAAAGGACGUUUGAAACAGAAGAAGAGACCUAGACAGGACACCGAAUCUAGAAAAGCAAAACCAUCAACAGAGAAGCGGGAGAAGAGACGUAAGAACUGAUAACUGAAGAUGGCUAUUUUGUCUUUUAACAACAUGACUGCAGUUUGUUGUUCAAGCUCCAACAAGAAUACCCCAUGAACAAGUUUUUGACCUGUUUGUUUUUGUUGUGUUUUUAUAUUUCCCAAUUUUGUCUGAAUCCAGGAUAACCAACAUUUAUACAAGCGGAAUGAGAAAGAAAAAUGGAUUUUGUAA